AUGCACGCAGCCUGGGCGCUGCCCUUUGUGCAGCAGUGGACGGCGGAGGUGGCUUGCUGGCUGCGGGGAGCCCUACGCGUCCUGUCGGGCGUGGCGAUGGGCGGCCCCGGCGGCGAGGCCGACCGGCCGCAGGCUGGCGGCACGGCGAAUGCCGUCGGCGGCGCCGCGAGGGAACCAGAAGCAUGUGUACCCUCAUGGGCCGACCUCCCCAUGGACAUUUUCUUCAGAGUGAUGGCCUUCCUUCCACAGCACAGCCCAAGCCUGGGCAGCAUGCGUCUGACCAACGCCCACUGGCGCAAGGGCGUCAGUGCCGGACUGCAGUCCAUCGUGUUGAGGGGUCAGGACCCAGAGGGUGCCAUGGCAUGGGUCGCUGAUUCCCACCCGCUCCUCACUGUGUUGGACGCAAAGGCCAUGGGCCCCAGCCUGACCAAUGCCGCCCUGGCACAUGUCUCCAGCCUCUUCAAGCUCACCAACAUCAGCUUGUCGUGCUGCAAGCAUGUCGAUGGCGAUGGCCUGAGUGCGUUGUCCGGCCUGACCCACCUCACUUCGCUGGAACUGAGGGAGUGCACUGGGCUAACAGACCUCUCACCUGUGGGUCCCCUCAGCCAGCUCAACCACCUGGACCUGUCCCACUGCGAGCAACUGACUGACGAUGGGCUGGGCCCGAUCUGUGGCCUUACCUGCCUUCAGAGCCUGAGUGUGUACCGCUGCAGGAGGGUGUCCAAUGCUGGGCUCAACGCUGUCUCCGGCCUCACUGGCCUGACCAUGCUUGAUGUGGGGGGUUGCGAGAGGGUUAGCCAUGAGGGCCUGUCUGUGCUGGGUCCCCUCACUGCCCUUGCCAAGCUCAGCAUCAGGGCUGACCCGAUGAAGUGGGACAGUGAUCCCAUAGGGGUGUCGGGUCUGCAGCACAUCACCCACCUCACCUCCCUCAAGUGCCUGGACCUGUGCUGGAGGUACAGGAUCACCAACUCUGGGCUGGAGCGCCUGUCUGCACUGACAAACCUUGAGGAGCUCCACCUUGCACACUGCCGCCGAAUAUCUGACCAGGGCGUCUUGGUGCUAACGGCAAGCCUGACCAACCUCACUUCGAUCGACUUGUGGGGCUGUGUGAAGAUAACAGACUCCGCAUUGGAGGGCAUCACUGCACUGAGGGCCCUGAGACACAUUGACUUGUCGCAGUGCCACCGAGUGACAGACAAAGGGGUGCCCAAGCUACGCAAGCUGCCCAAGCUCGCUCAUCUCAAUGUGUCUAGGUGCACCAAGAUUACAGACGUCGGCCUUCGUGUCCUUGACGAUCUCACAUCUCUGACCAGGCUUGUGCCACCGUGA